AUGUUUGGCAUAAAGGACAUGCAUCCUGAUGAAGGACGAUGGCCGACCAAAGAAGAAUUGAGGAAACGAUUCCGACGUCCAGCAAACGAGACAAUCAACGAGUUAGGAGAGGGCAGAGGCAUAUAUGGACCUGGUUAUGAGGAGCGUCGAAAGCAACGCUUAAAGGACAACCAUGGAGUGGAAGCUCCAGAUCCAUUCUGGAAGACCCGAGCACCAGCAGAGCCUAUGAACCACUACUAA